AUGGAAACUCCCAUCUCGAUUCUGCGGCAACAGAGCGACAGCAAGUUCGAUAAGUUUAAAUCCAUUCUUCGAGAACGCCUGCCCUCUGCAGAGAUCAAGUCAUUUUUUUUGUUGUAUAUCCCUUUCCUAGUCGCCCUCCUACGACCUACAUACGAAAUUACUCGUGUCUUCGAAGCUUUACAGACAAGUCUUUUCAGCAAGGACGACUACGAUACGUGGAUAGCAUGGAAAGAGAUCACGUAUACCUAUGAUCUAGCACGGAAUACUUGGGUUGAGAAACCGUUGUUACCUACCGAAAACGCAACGCACGAAAACACCUCUUUGGACUUCGUGGAUCUUAUUGAUUAUCAAUCCAACUACCCAGCAGAGGUCCGCAUCCAUAUCCCAGGCUUCAAGUCUUUUGAUAUGUCACAAGACCUACAGUUAAAAGCUCGGAAGGCAAACAGGGAGCAAAGCGGAUGCAUCCUCACGCCAGGUUAUUCUCUCUUUGCUUACGAGUGGGUUGCUGAUGUUCACGAUCCCGUGAUGUACCAGGCACUAGAAGAUCUUGCACGAGAUGGAGUUUUGAAACGUGACGAGGUAUACGUUGACAAGGUUGCACUCUAUCAGAGCUCAUGCGAAACAAUCGUUCCAGCUAAGCGGCUCCAGAUUGUGGUACCUACGGCGCCAUCAAGCGUGCCUUUGCAAAUCUCUAUCAGGGGCCCCAAGGUUAACACAAUGGCUGACUGGAACAUGCGAACUGGAUACCUGCUCGACGAGGGCACCGUACUGUCGACAACGCUAGGAAUUCAGUAUAUCUCUAUCUUAGUUGCAGUCUAA